GCAGUGUUUCUCGCACUGAAAAUUCUGCAAUCUCAUAACCUGUGUGGCAUCGAUCAUACAGAUGCGCACAUUAGUUCAAGAUAACAUUUUAUACAACCCGUCAGGAACAUGCAGAAUCAGUUUGUUUGGUCUGAUUUGGCUUUUGCCCCAGUGCGCUCGUCGGACCUUACCUGGGGGAUUGGCGACAAUGGAAGUUGAAAUUUCACGGACACAUAGUGGUGAUUUAGAAGAAAAUGCUCCCAGAAUUGCAUCUCGAGGGAAGGUAGAUUACUACAACAGAUCUUUGGGACCUGGAUCUUCUAAAAGGAUAACGGGUAUUAAAGGAUUUAAAUCUCAUUGUGGAGUACUGAUUGACAAGCUAAAGCUAAACUGGCAGAAUUGUAUACUUAUUUGGUCUGUUAGCGCGCUCUUACUGGAUCCACUUUUCUGUUAUAUUCUUAUCAUGAGUGAUGAGGAGAAGUGCAUUAAAUUGGACAGAAUAUUGGGGAUUAUUGCUAGUGUUUUGCGAUCUCUCAGUGACCUCUGUUACAUGCAUUCUAUCAUCUGUAAUUUUGAUGCUAGAUCUGUUACUCGUUUCGUUGUAGUGGACAUACUCGUAGUUCUUCCACUUCCACAGGUGCUAGUUUUUGCUGUAAUUCCCAAACUAAAUGACCCCAGAAUUUACAAUGCAGCCAAGUUCUUGAACAUUUUGUUCAUAAUCCAGUACAUUCUGAGGGUUCUACGAACCUGCUCCUUGUUAAAAGUAUUUGUAAGGGCCUCUGGCAUCCUCGCUGAAUCUGCAUGGGCUAAUCUCUCUUUCUUUAUGCUGGCCAGUCAUGCACUUGGAGCCUUUUGGUAUUUGUUUUCUAUAGAAAGGAACGCAUCUUGUUGGCUGGAAGCAUGUAAACAUCUCGGUGUUCAUUGUUCAUUUUACUGUGACAACACCUUAAGAUCUAGCACGCUUCUGCAUGAUUAUUGCGCUGCAAAUUCCACACUUUUUAAUUUUGGAAUAUACAAGGAUGCCCUUGAAUCCGAAGUUGUUUCGAGUGAUUUUUCACAAAGGAUAUUUUACUGCUUUUGGUGGGGACUGCAAAAUCUCAGUUCUCUUGGUCAAAGCCUUAAAACAAGCACCUAUCUCUGGGAAGUUUGUUUUGCAGUUUCUGUUUCAAUAUGUGGGUUGGUACUAUUUGGACUUCUUAUUGGUAAUAUGCAGACAUAUUUGCUAUCAAAAGUUGCAAGAUCAGAGGAUUUGAGAGCCAAGGAACUAGAUAUGGAUCUGUGGAUGCAUUCCCAUAGACUUCCGCCGGAGCUUAAAUGCCAAAUUCAAGACUGUAUGAAAAAAAAACUCAAGGAAAACACAGUAAUUGAUGUGAAUAACUUUCUUCAACUUCUUCCGCGUGUCCUCAGACAGGAUAUAAAGAGACAUAUUUGCUUUAAUCCACUCAGAGAAGUGCCGUUACUUCGAUACAAGAAUGAGGAACUGUUGGGCGCAAUCUGUGAAUAUCUUGAGCCAGUGCAUUACAAAAAGAAUAGCAUCAUCUUUCAAGAAGGAGAUCCACUAAUUGAGAUGCUGUUCAUCACGCGUGGCAAUAUUGUGACUCACACCACUUCUGCCGUUGUAAGAUUUCUUGGAUAUGGUGACUGCUAUGGUGAAGAACUUCUCAAUUGGGUGCUGCGUUUCUAUGGUGAAACGCAUUGGGAGAUAAUGUCGACCAACAUAUCCAACUUUCCCUUGUCAACCACAACUGUCAAAGCUCAAACUGAUGUUGAAGUCUUUGUUCUAAGGGUCCAACAGUUAAAGCUUAUUGUAAUGAAUUUCUGGCUCCAUUUUCGUAAGGAUAUAGAUCCAAAGCCGUGGGCUGCAUUUGCUGUGCAAAAGGCAUUCCGCCGCUUCCGCAAAAGAAUCCAACGGGCGGAAGCAGCGGCGGAUCGAAUUUAUUGUCUGAGUGGGUUUGAAUUUUUUUAA